AUGAAGAUACAACCUCUUUGGCCCGUCUGCAAUUUGACGGCCUUGGGUAACACCAGCCUCAGCACAGUGGAAUUCAACUUGAUCUUCCCUCGCAACGACACCUACGAAGCCAUGCCUCUCAUGCCGGUCGUCUUCGCUGUACACAAUCCUGAAUUCGCUAGCCUGUUGCAUCCGCUUAUCGAUUAUGCCGUUCACCCGCUGCACGAUCCCAAUACCACUGCCAAGUACCAGCCCGUCAAGGUCAACAUGACGGGACACAACACCGUCUACUAUGCCUACGACGUGGCGACUAAUCUCUUUAAUACAGAGGGAAUUUGGGAACUCUCUUGGUCCAUAAGAACUCGUUAUUGCUCCAUUCACUACGACAUGGAGGGCAACUGUGCUAUCGACAUGCGGUUCCGUCAAGACUUGAAAUCCAUCGUUUUCACAACCAACGAACAUGGUCUCAAGCCCGAUCCGAUCACUACCUCCCUUGAACACGGCCGUGACGAGACGCAGAGAUUCGGAUUUAACAUCCAGGAGACGAUGGACAUCCCCCUCGAUCGAACCCCUGAGGGUCUCCUCUCCUGCGCUGUAGUCGCAACACCUGAGUCGUCCGCUCAUCCGUGCCCUCCAGAGACGCAAGGGGAGGUGAAGCCCACCUAUUAUGACCAUAUGAUGCUAGGGUUAUCCAUGCCGCUACUAGCCAUAUGGGUGAUGACUGCCCAAGCCAACGAAGACAGCGACGGCAACACGCUGAUCCUCGUACUUUUGAUGUAUCCGCUUGUCUGUUUUAGCUUGUUUGCUAUGUCUUUGUAUGACUAG